AUGGAACUGAACCAAAUAAAGGAAGAAGUGACGGAGAAGAAUGAGAAAGAUAAAUUAAUAAAUGCAAUAGGAGAACUGGGAAAAUGGCAAGUGCUGAUGCUCAUGUUGGUGGUUUGGCCAACAAAGAUAUCAGCGGGGUGGCAACAAUUGGGCAUUAUAUUUAUAGCACCAACAACAAAGUUUAUGUGCACAGACACCAACUUAACGGAGAAAGUGGAGAUGUCGAAGUGUUACGAUGACUGUGCGAAUUAUGAGUACCAUACAGAGUUCGGCAACACGAUAAUAUCGCAAUGGGAGUUGAUCUGCGACAGAGCAUGGAUGGCGCACUUCACUCAAACUGUUAACAUGUUUGGUGUUCUGGUGGGCAGUGUGUUCUUUGGAUUCGUUGCUGAUAGGUAUGGACGUCGACCGGCAUUAUUGACAGCAUGCGUGCUGCAGUUAAUUACGACUAUGGCCGAAGCCUUUUGUCCAACAUAUUGGAUAUUUACAGGCGUGCGUUUCUUCCUUGGGACUUCAACAGCAGGCACUUUGUUAUGUGCUUUUAUUUUCAUCAUAGAAAUCACUGGGCCAAGACAUAGGGAGUUAAUUGCAUGCCUCAGCGCUAUUCCAUUGUCCAUAGGCGAGAUGACAAUGCCAAUAUUUGCGUACUUCUUAAGAACGUAUGACAUGUUCUGUUUGGGUGUAGCGAUUCCAAAUUUGCUGUAUCUAGUGUAUUUUUUCAUUAUGCCAGAGUCACCAAAAUGGCUAAUUACAACAGGAAGGUUAGAGGAAGCAAGUAUGGUGAUGACACAGGCGGCGCAAUGGAACAAUCUGCCAACAGAAAAUAUGUUGGACGUAGUCAAAAGUAUCGCAGCUGAUAAUGUCAACUCAAAUGACAAAAAACAAAGCAAGGCAACAUACAUGGACCUGGUAAAGACAAAAGCUCUGAAGCUGAACAGUAUCUGCUCGUGCACUAUCUGGUUUACACUUGGUAUAACUUUCUAUGGAAGCAACCAAUACAUAGGAGAAACUAGCUCAAAUAUAUUUAUCAGUAUAUUUUUGGCUGGAUUGUUGCAAAUUCCGGGAUUGAUACUGGCAUCUGUCCUCUGUAAGUAUAUUGGCAGACGGAUAACUUUAAUCAGUUUAUUUCUCAUUUGUGCGUUGAGUAAUGCCGUACUCGCAGUUCCUAAUGACUGGUUCUACCUCAGAUUAGUUGUGGGUACCAUAGCUGUCAGCUGUGCUUCAGGUUGUUUUUCUUCUAUAUACAUGUUCACUUCUGAGCUGUUUCCAACGGUAGCCCGCAACAUGGCAAUGGGAGCUUCAUCUAUGGUGUCCAGAAUAGGAUCAAUGAUAGCUCCAUUCGUAGCUGGACUAAACAUUGUAGCUCCAUGGCUGCCUCCAGCUGCUUUUGCUUGUAUACCAUUAUUGGCUGCGAUUGCGUGUUACUUGCUUCCAGAAACACGGGGGAAUAAACUUUCUGAUCAUUUGGCCUAG